CGUCUUUGCAAUCGUCGCUUAACCGUUGCAUAACCGUCUUCUAUCGAGUGACCAUCAUACAAGUUGCUAUGUCAGUGCUAGUUUCAGUACGUCUGUUGAAAUUCGGUGGAAGCGCGGUUAACGAGGUCGAUCUUAUUUAUCGCUGUUGUUAGUCGUUUAAGAGAAGCAACUGCAAAAUAUUGUAGAAAUGAAGACGGCUUUGGAUCCCAUAUACGUGCAGGAAUUUCUAUUUAAACAAUCAAAUACAUCUCAAGUAUAUGACUUGAAGACUCCUGCAUACAUUCCUCCUGCUUGCAAUCUUCUUGUGGCUGACAAAAAACGAGGACUGCUUUACAUAGGACAUGAUGAUAAAGUUACUGUCUUAAAACCAGAGGAGGAGAACAAUGCAGAGUGGAGGAUAGAGCUUCAGUUGCCAGGCGUUAUAUCAAAGAUUGCAAUUAAUUGUGAUUAUAAUUAUAUCGCUAUAGGCAUAGCAUUGAAGCCCACAGUAUUGAUAUACGAUGCCCAUUCACUAGUUAGAAAUAGUCUCCACCUGUUGCUUGAAAUAACACCAUCAAACAAACCAGAUAGCUACAUAACAGACAUACGAUGGAACCCUACUAUACCUGUGAUGCUUUGUAUUGUUACUAGCGACUGUAUUAUUGGUAGCUUCCAAUUGAAGAUAGAGGAAGAAGCAAGAGAAAAUUCAAUAACAAAAGUAUCUGUACUUUCUAAAGUGUCAAACGAGCAACAGGCUCUCUGCGCAGCUUGGAGUCCUAAAGGCAAGCAAAUAGCAGUGGGAUGCAAGAAUGGAGACAUUGUACAAUUGAAACCGGAUACUUUGAAGGUCGCUAGAACUAUCGCGGGCCCUUCGCCAUCCAUCGGAGAGGUGAUUAACAUUCUGUGGCUAAGCAAUUAUCAAUUUUGUGUCGCGUAUUUAAACAACGAGCGGCAAAUAAACGUUCUCAUUGUUGAUGCACCGAAAGGAGAAGCAAACGCUAUAUUUACAUGUUACGAAGAUAUUACGUUCGGUUUUCCCGACGCCGAGGGAGAGGACAGCAUUCCGCGCUAUUAUUUCGAGCAUGUGCCAGAAUGGGGACUUAUUAUAGCGGGCAGUAGCACUAGCAGCGAGAUAGCUGUGUUAGGCACUCCAGAUGGUGGCGCAAAUUGGAAUCAGUGGCAAUUGGUUGAUAGUGGCAGGGCUCAAUUGCCAUUGAUGAGAACUACAGAAAUUUAUCCCUUGGGUUUGGCUAUAGACAAGUCUCCUAUCAACAGGUUACCAUGGGGUACAGAGUCGACAUUGCCGAAUCCAGUACCUAUUUUGCAUAUUCUUGGAACGUCCGGGAAAUUGUGCAGCUUUCACAUGGUUAAUCUGGCACCAAACUGUCCUACCAUCAAUGUUCCUCCAACAGAAAUUAUCACGCCUCCAACACCGUCACAGUCUAAUGCUUCGUCCGUGGAAAUUUCGUUUAACAUGAAUGCCGCGAUGACCAGCACGCCACGUCCGAAACAACCGGAAGUGGUGCCGGAACGACCAAAACCUCCCCCGAUGUCAAAUAUAUUUGGCGACUCUUUGAAAGCCGCGGGAUUCUUUCAACCGUCUGUGGAACAACAAGCGGAGCAGCCAAAACCACAAGAAGAAAAAGCUGCGCCGCAAAUGGUUGUAAAACAGACUAUACCUAAAGAUACACCGUCUGUGUCGGAGCCUACGAAGACAGAAAUCAAAUUAGUUGCCGAUAAGGAAGUAAUUAGCUCGUCGCAAGUAGCAGAACAGAAAGCAUCUAUUGAUGAUAAUAUACGAAUGCGAGCUUAUAUACAGGAGCAGGCGUUAUUUGAAAAAGAAUUGCGAAAUAGACUGGAACCGCAGGUGUGGGAAUGUGGUACGGACCUAGAAAAGAGACAGCUCGGAGAGAUGUCCGUUGUCAUAGAACAGUUCUUGAGAGAUUUAAAAGACACGACAAAUAGUUUAUCCAGCGACAUAGCGUACUUGAAGGCUUUGUUACUCCAAUCAUUCGCAUGGGUUGAAGAAACUAAAUCGAAGAAUGCAGCUAGUGUUGAUAUCACCACUAGAAACUGCAAUGAGAACAGUAAAAUAGCGGAUCUGCAGCGAUGGUAUUAUUACACACAAACGCAGUUAAAUCAAGUUAGUAAAAUUUUAGAUCUGGAAUGGUCGGAGCACAAAGCGCAAGUAAAGUCAAAAAUGAAAAUUCCCAGUUUGGAGUAUGUUUAUCAGAAUCUCUUGAUGCACAACAAGAUUAUCGCAAAGGAAAAAGAGAAGCUCGAGCAAAUUUUGCGGCGAUGGAAAUCCCUCAAUCGCUCACUGUCGAGUGGUGGCGUGUCCAAUCUUAAUCGCUCAAUGGCGAGUCUUCAAGUGAGUGCACCAAAAUCAUCAGCGUCUGUUAUUCGAGGAAAGACCGACGUUAUAGAAACCCGCUGCAAAAACAUCGCUUCAAAAACUUUAAGUUUCACAUAUGAGAAGCAGAUCAAGCUAAGGGAGUUGCUCACCGAAUCAUCUCCGAGAAUUAUCAAGUCGGUCAAUCCAUCACCGAUUCAGGAUCGCCUGGAGGCUACGCUGUCUUCUCUAGCAUCUCUCAAUCCUGUGAUCAAUGAGGCUAAGACUAAAAUCGAGCCGCCAAUUGUUAAACAGAGUAUCACCGUCAAGCAGCCAGUCGAGAAGCAGACUAAAUCGCAAAGUCCCCUCGCUUCGUUGAACAGUAUCGUUGCGAGAAUCGGUUCGCCUGACACGAACGGUAUCGUCACGCAGAACAAAAUUCAACAGAAGUUAGUCCCAACGACCAUUUCUUUUUCCGGUACGAUUUCUACCAAGCAAACGGACAAAAAGCCUGUCGUGCCAGUAGUGUCCCAAUCUAAACCGAAACAGGAGCUCAACGUUAAUUUCCCGACGUCUAUCACAUUUGGAACGCCGGUUUCGAAAUCUCAAGAUCUCUUUUCGAAAUCUCUCCUUACAGAUGCAACUGCCAGGAACAAUAAGGAAUCGGCGAGCAAUGAUAGCGUAUCUAAAACUUCAGAAUCUGCUUUAUUCUCGACCGGACUGCUAAAGGACAAACUCAUGUCAACAGAAUAUCCAUUAACAGAGACCACACGUAUGGGAAUCGCACGUAAUCUUUCGCUCUCUACAGUGCCAGCUGUAAAAACAGAUGCUGCUUCCACGUUCAGUUUCGCUACGCCUAAUAUAGCUUCACCUAUCGCGAAAAGUUCGUCUUCCACUGCGCUGGAUAUGAUGUCCUUCGCUUAUUCAAAAUCCUUACCUAACACUUCUAUUGUAGAACCCACAAUAACAGUUCAAGCAAUACCAAUGCAAACACCGAUAGACCUAUCAGCUCUAUCCUUAGCAACACCCAGCACGUUAACUUUUCAAUCGGCUAAUCAUUCGAGCAAUACCGCGGAUGGAAAGAUAAAUGCGAUCACGACUUCCAUGAGUUUUGCUGCACCAGCACCUGUUAUUACAGCACAGGCUCCUGCGACGACUGCCAUUACAUCCGUUAUGACUCUUGGCGGGGUUACCAUUAGCGUUGUAGAUGCGAACGCCGUUCGCAAACCAAUGACGGAGAUACCAUCUACUAGUUCGGUCGUCAUCGAAAAAGUUACUGUGCCUGAAGUAAAAGCACCGCUCUUUGGUACUGCAGUUCAGGUUCCAAUUUCGUUAGCCGCAACAUCGAUAUUUGGUGGUCAGACCAUCGUGAAGAAUACAGCGACAGUACCAGAGACAGUCACACUGCCCGCUACGACUACUUUCGGCGCAGUUUCUUUCCCGUCGAUUACAUCUACUUUCGGGAGUUCAACCUUAGCGCCGACCACUGCAUCGGUAUUCAGCGGAUUCGUAAACACAUCAACUGGCAUUACCACCAGCUCUUCGACGAUGCCUGCGAGCAGUACUGUGUCUCCUUUCCAGACCUCUUUAAGUAAACCAUUCGGCGAGACCACUGUCACUAGUAUGCCAACUACGAGUUUUGGGAUCACCUCUGGCCAUACAUCCUCCGCGGCCACAAUCUCAUUCGGCAUGCCUGCGAUGACGACGACGACGACGACGACGACGACGGCAACGACGACGACGACGAUGACAACGACGACGAUGACGACGAUGACGACGACGACGACGACGACGACGACCUCGAUCACGCCGGCGUUCGGUAAGAGUCCGAUAGCACCUCCGGUAUCGAACGCGCAAUUCCCGGGUGUUCAAACACCCGCGUCGACGGCGAAUAUUUUUGGAAAACCAAUAAUCAGUCCUGCAUCGACACCGUUUGGAAAUGCUUCAAGCUCUGUGUUCUCCAAUACACCUGCUACCUCUUCGAAUACUUCUAUAUUCGGAGGCAAUAGCAUGAAUUCUAUCUUUGGAUCGACUUCUCCGAGCGGAAAUAUUUUCGGGGGUAACGCAACGGGAUUCGGAUCGUCAUCGGGAUCCAUAUUCGAUACCAAUGCCCCGAAAUCCAAUAUCGUAUUUGGUGGAGCAGUAAACCCACCUGCUUCUCCAUUUGGAAGUCCGACGAGCAACACGUCGCCAGCGAUAGUCAGUAGUUCCCCCGUGGGCGCAAAUGUCUUCAGAUCUACUGUGGCUAACACAUCUCCCAUACAGCAACCUGUACUUAGCAGUCAACCCGCUUUCGGACAAACUCCUGCCUUUGGCGCCAAGCCAGUGUUCGGAUCGUCACCUAUCUUCGGCGGAGCAAAACCCGUUUUCGGAGGUAGUGGUUUUGGCUCACCCCCUACGUUCGAGUCUCCUGGCAUGGGAUUUGGAAGUCCACCUGCUAUGCAAGCUGGCUCUACAAUGGAAAAUAUGCCAAAAGUAUUUGGCGAAGUGGCAGGCAGCAGUACAUUUGAAUCCUUAGCUAAUCAACCAGGUGGUCUCAGUUUCGGUAGCUUAGCCCAGAAAAAUCCAGAACUAGAGAAACCAACAUUCACUGCCGGCAGCUCGUUCUCCAGUUGGAGAUGAACAAGAUAUGGUUGCGGCAGAUUUACCUCCAAAACUGUCAUGUGUGCAGAAUACAAAAUUGUUAUCUAAACAAGGAAUUAUUUAAUUACAAUCAUGUAUAUAUACUGUUUUAUUGUAUAUUCAAAAAGAUAUACUUUUUAUGAAGGAUCACGUUCUAUCAUGUCUUGUACGUUGUAAUAAAUGAGAACAGAUCUAAAUUUUACAAUAAAAAAAUUUCCAUUUAAAUCGAAAAAA